AUGAAAGACUCACCGAAGAGUCUCGAAGCGGGGGACUGUCCUGAAUAUGCGUAUGAUGACUCGAAAGCCGUAAAGGUAGAGAUCACAGAUGUUCCCAAUUUAAAGACCCAGCGAGGUUUGAGCUCGCGUCAUGUUCAAUUCUUGGCUCUGGGUGGUUGUAUUGGCACUGGUCUUUUCGUUGGAAGUGGUCAAUCGCUGUCGACAGUUGGCCCUGCACCUUUGCUUAUGGGUUAUAUUGUCAUGUCAAGUAUUGUAUACUUUGUCAUGAAUAUGCUUGGUGAAAUGACUACAUAUCUCCCCGUCCAAGGUGUUUCUGUGCCUUAUUUGAUCACUCGGUUUACCGAGCCGAGUCUUGGAUUUGCUGUUGGAUACAAUUACUGGUAUUCAUUUUCAAUGUUGCUAGCAUCGGAAGUCACUGCAUCAGGCCUUGUCAUUGAGUAUUGGCAGUCACCAGUCAGCGUGGGUGUAUGGAUCGCAAUCAUUCUUGUUGUCAUUCUCCUUCUAAAUAUUGUCGCGGUCUCUUGGUACGGUGAAGCCGAAUUCUGGUUCGCGUCACUCAAGAUCCUUGCGAUUCUCGGUCUAAUCAUUCUGGGUGUCAUCCUUUUCUUCGGCGGUGGUCCUAACCAUGACCGUCUCGGUUUCCGGUACUGGCAAACGCCAGGCGCCUUCGUGGAACCUUACCUAGUCCCGAACAUCAACACAGGCCGAUUUUUGGCAUUCUGGACUGCUAUGAUUAAGUCUGGAUUCUCGUUCAUUUUCUCCCCAGAACUGAUCACCACUGCUGCCGGUGAGGCUGCGUCGCCACGUCGCAAUAUCCCCAAGGCGGCGAACCGAUUUAUCUACCGCUUGUUCGCAUUCUACAUCUUGGGAAGCUUGGUCAUCGGUGUGACAGUCGCAUACAACGACACGAGCCUCUUGCAGGGUGUUGCGAGCGGUGGUUCUGGUGCUGGCGCCAGUCCAUUCGUUGUCGGCAUCCAAAAUGCUGGUAUUUCUGGGUUGAAUCACGUUAUCAAUGCUGCCAUUCUUAUUUCUGCCUUUUCUUCGGGUAAUUCUUGGGUCUUUGCUGGGUCUCGCACACUUUACUCGCUCGCGGGCGAGGGCCAGGCUCCCAAAAUUUUCCUUCGCUGCAACAAAAACGGCGUUCCGUACAAUGCUGUACUAGUCACUUGGGCAAUUGGACUGCUCUCUUUCUUGAACCUGUCUUCCUCGGGUUCGACCGUGUUUUAUUGGUUUACCAACAUCACUACAAUUGGAGGUUUCAUCUCUUGGGUCGUCGUGGGAGUGGCGUAUUUGCGUUUCCGCAGUGCCUUAGAUUUCCAUGGGCUGCUCAAAUCGCGGCCCUUCAUUACUCCCCUUCAGCCGUAUGGCGCCUACUACGCUAUCGUCUUUGUGGCACUGCUGUCCAUUACCAACGGCUAUACGAUAUUCUUCCCGGGCUCAUUUACAGCAUCGGAUUUCCUUGUUUCCUACAUUGUCUUCGUGAUCUUCUUCGUGCUGUACUUUGGCCAUAAGUUAUAUUACAAGACCCCAUGGAUGAUCAAAGUGUCCGAGCUUGACAUUUUCAGUGGCAAGGAUGAGAUCGACCGGCUUGAAGAAGAGGAGAUUGAACCGCAGCCACGCAACUGGCUAGAGAGAGUGUGGUGGUGGAUUGCAUAG